CCAGCCGCCGCCACCGCCGUCGCUGCCGCCGAGCUCCGCCGCCGCCGAGCACCAUGGGAGACGCCGGGAGCGAGCGCAGCAAAGCGCCCAGCCUGCCGCCUCGCUGUCCCUGCGGCUUCUGGGGGUCCAGCAAGACCAUGAAUCUCUGUUCCAAAUGCUUUGCUGAUUUUCAAAAGAAACAACCAGACGAUGAUUCCACUCCAAGUACAAGUAACAGCCAGUCAGAUUUGUUUUCUGAAGAGACCACCAGUGACAACAACAAUACCUCGAUAACCACGCCAACUCUUAGUCCCAGCCAGCAGCCGCUUCCGACAGAACUGAAUGUAACUUCACCGAGUAAAGAGGAGUGUGGGCCAUGCACAGACACAGCUCAUGUCUCGUUAGUCACACCAACCAAAAGACCCUGUGGUACAGAUUCACACUCUGAGAAUGAGGCUUCGCCAGUGAAACGGCCACGACUAUUGGAGAAUCCCGAACGGUCCGAGGAAACCAGUCGAUCUAAACAGAAGAGUCGACGUCGGUGUUUCCAGUGCCAAACCAAACUGGAGCUGGUGCAGCAGGAAUUGGGAUCCUGUCGCUGCGGUUACGUGUUCUGUAUGUUACAUCGCCUCCCCGAGCAGCAUGACUGUACGUUUGACCACAUGGGCCGCGGCCGAGAGGAAGCCAUCAUGAAAAUGGUGAAACUGGACCGGAAAGUGGGGCGCUCCUGCCAGCGCAUCGGGGAGGGGUGCUCCUGAAGGCCAGGCGCGGCCGCCACGUGACGCUGUUCUUAGUUCACUAAUGUUAGCCUUAUUUAGGACAAAGUCAGCCAGACACCUUGUACUGGGCACGUGUCAGACUACAGCGAGUCUGUUUCCUUUCUUUAGCCAGCCAUCCUGGUACUGUAGUUUAGGGGUUGAUGGUGGUUGAAAUUGAUUUCUGGCUGGUUACUAAGGUGCCUGCUAGCCAUUGUAUAAAAUUAAAACAUGAAGAAUAUUUUUUUUUGAGCAUGGCUAGUGGAUUUAAAACAACACAUACCUGUCACUGCUGGAGUCAAACUUAUAAAAAGCCUUAAGCGGAAAGUGUUCCAGAUGGAGACUCUGAGUUAAUAGAGGAGUAGAAGCUGGUGUUCAAGUUCCCAGGAAGCACGUGGCUUUGCCAGAAACUGUUUAAUGUUCAGCCUUUCACCUCUUCACUUAUUCUUAGUCCCGGUAGCUGGGAGACCUGAUGGCCACGUGUGCCUUGGCCACAGGCGGCUGCUGAGAUCGGCCUCAGGGCUGGGCUGGGGGCGGCCUUGCUCUUCCACAGAGCUGGGAUGGGGGUGGGGCGGCAGAUUAUUACGAGGAUUUUUUACCUGACUUACUAUGAAAAAGCUCUCUCAUCACAUGAGAGGAGAAACAAUAACCUCACUUUGGAAAUUAGCUCCACUCGAGUAGCCCACAAACGAGACCACCUUUUCUAUACAGGAUCCGUGGUCCCAAGAGGCAACCAGAGCACCUGGCCCCCCUGGCUCUGGUUUGCCAGGUGCAGGGAUCUGGCAGUUGAUCAAAUAAGGCUAAUCGCAGCACAGCCGCCACGGCCAGGGUCUACACACUGGCCUCUGCAGCUAGAUUUCUAUAUUGGAGUUUUUAACAAGAUGUUUGUUUCAUAGCCAGUAGGAGUCAGUAGAUGUGCUGGGGAGCAGCUGGGGUCGCUGCUGCUCUCGGCUUCUGCCCUUUCCCGCGGGCCGCGGGGCUUGCUCGGCCUCCAGGGGCCGGGAGGAUGAAGCAGGGGCCUCCGCCCUCCUUUCUAUGCAGCCCCAUAGUCCAAGGACGACCAGCGCCCAUCUGUCACAAAGCAAGUGUAGGAAGGAAGGUGACGUAGCUCACAAGGACAGCGGCUGUAUUUGUUGAGAGCAGGGGUUCAUGCUGUGGCCCAGCUCCGAGAGUGACAUUUGCUUGGGGGUGGAGUUGGUGGGGUGGGGGGCGUAUUUCUCAGCCUAUGCCCCUCCAUGUGGGUAGACAGACGGGAGUUCAGUAGCUGCAGUAUCAAAGGCCAGGUGGGAAGGGCGGAGAUGGGCCUGCUUCUUCCUUUGUGUGAGGUGGGUAGGCAGGCAAAUCAGGGGUCCCACAGCCCGAGCCCCAUCUCAUCCAGAAGGUAAGAGUAGGAGGUUCCUGAAAGGCAGCUUGGAUCUGCCCACAUGCUGUAGGCCGCUGGAAUAGUUUAACCCAGCAACUUUCCUUUUUCUAAAACAACAAACAGUUCGACUCUGUCUGCAAAUUAACAGCUGAACACCUGCAACUACGAAUGUUUUUUGAUCUGAAAUAUUGAAAUAGGAAGUCAUGCUCCACCCAACUCCCUCCUCCCACCCCCACCAGAGUGGAAUCCGCUGCAAAAUCUCCAGCCUUAAUUCUUGCUUCAGGACCCAGACCUAGCAGAGGGGCUGGUCUGCCCCGUGUUUACCACUGUUGUCAAGCCACGGCCCUCUGGCCAGUAAGUGGCCAUCCUCAGUGAGGUGGGCCCUGCCUAGGCCCCCACCAAGCUCUGCCCCUGGAGAGGCCACCCGGCACCCUUCCUGGCCCUUCUCAGGCUCCACCGGCUUCCUUUGAGGCCUCGACGGGAAGAAGGCUCUCUGGGGCCCGGCGGCGGUGCACACAGGAUCGCAGCCCGCCUUCACGUCAUGACGGUAGAGCUGGGGGGUGGGGGGAGGAAGGGCUUGUUCCCCUGCAGUAUCUGUUCUGUGAAGUUUGUUAAACGUAAGGAAAGCUUAAAUUCUUGUAUCUUUAAAAGAGAAAAUCUUAUUUAACCCUUUUGUGUUCUAGAUUUACUUACACACGUAGCCUAGAGCUCAGUUUUAGUUUUAACAUUGUGAAAAUAUUAAAAGAAUCUUGUAACUUUAUUCUUUUUUCUCCUGCUGAAACAAAAAAUUAAACCAAUCAUAUGAAUGCUUUGAUUUCUGUUUCACCAGUUCUCCCAAGUGCCAGACCACCUGGGUAACUGGAAAAAUAAAAAAAUCUUUCCUUGG